AUGCAAGAUGAAAAGGAAGAGAAGAAACUCUCUCCAGUUGUACUGGUACAAGAGGUAAAAUCAUACUGUAAGGAUCAAAUUAGUUAGGUGAACUGCCCUCCCCUGCCUGAUAUUCAGGUUUUAUUUUUAAUACAUUUAAUAUCAUACACAUGCAAUCCAUCCUUUUUUUGCUAUGAGCUACCUUUUCAUAGCCUGCGCGCAGACGAAAUUAAACUCUGGUUAACUCCGCCUGCGAAACAGUGCCGAAAUCCUUGUUCUGGACUUCCAGCUGUGUACCCACAUUUGAGUACUCGCCACAAUUGGCCAGUUAAAAAAGGCCUUUGUUUUGUUUGUCGUGAUAGCCAAUCAGGUUGAAGGGAAAUUCGAAACGCACUUCCGGUAAUUCGUUGAGUCCGUUGGGGGCUCAGAACAAGGAUCUCUGCGCUGCUUCACAGACGGUACUAAUCAGAGUUUAGUUAUCGUCUGCACGCAGGCUACCUUUUCAUUCCUUUGGGAUUUUUCUUUUCACAGAAUUCACAGAGAGAAACCUCUUGGAGAGCUGUCUCCAUUUUGUGUGAAUUUGACUCUAAGAAAAUAAACUUCAACCCCAUUUUAACUCCAACAAAGAACAAAAUAACUAGAAAAGUUUUUUUUUUUAGAUUUUGAAGAUUUUAUGUAUGUUUUUAGUAAUUCUUAACCUGUGUCUAAUUUCUGUUUUAAGCAGGAUGUUAGAUGUCAAUAAAAAUCGAUCAGCGGAAAGCUAGUCGAUAAGUCGAUAUUAUUCUAUAUUAAUUUUGUCAAUAAUUAUUGUCGAUUGUUAUAUUUGUCGAUAAGAGUCAAAAAUCACAGUAAUCUCAGGACAGGUAAUCAAUAUCGAUAGACUUCUGAGACAUGAGCUGAGAAUAUCUGUUGUGGAUCUACGCAAACUUGAGGUGAAUGCUGAGUAAGGAGAAGGAUUUGGACGUCGCAAUUCUUCAAAUGCACACGGAUAAUACUCAUUUACAAAAGGAUAUAAAAAUCGUUCAAACAAAUGCUGCAUCAGCUCAAGUAGACUUUCAAAAAAGUCAUUCAUCCAAUUUAAUAUGGUGCAAAACUUUUCAAAGAGAUGUUAAUGAUUUUCUAACUGUUGAAACUGUUGCCUCUGAUCCUUUUUGUCUACCAAUAGUUUUUGGAAAAAAAUUGCACUCUAACACCAAUUUCGAUAGAAAUCGAUAAUCACACGAAAUUUUAUGAUGGACUUUUAUCAAUUUCAGAUGUCCACUGAUUGAUUAGUAUUGAUAUUUAUUAACAACAAUCGAUUUUGAUUGACUAUCGAAAUUAUCGACAUGUAAUGUCUUGUUUUUAGUAAUUCUUAUUCAUUUUGUGAACAACCAAGACAAGAUAAGACAUUUAUUACCAUAAUAUUGUGUACGAUUUCUUAGCACACAGCUAGCCAAAAAUUCUAGUCUUGGGGUGCCAAAUUAAUUCUAUUACAAAACAGAUAUUACCUGGUAAUAAGUAAAAAGCAAAGAGAAAAGAAAAGAAAGAAUAUGCUGAUCUCUUUCAUUAGAGAGAUUUGGAAUCACUUUUACCACAAACGGCAAUCGUCAGCUUGAAGUUGACAAUUUCUCAAAGUAGGAAAUAAGCAGAUAAAAACUAUGCAAAAUAAUUUUUAUUGAUAAGCCUGGCAUGAAACUACUUAUUUUUGUGUAGAUAUAAUAUUAACAGUAAACAGCAAGUAAAAGGAAAAUUUAGUUAGUCACAUAGUAAAAACUGACAUUUGCCAUUUGCUGUUUGCUGUUACCUUAGCUCUAAAUUUCUCUAUUGUGUCAGAAUAAACUUCAUUCAUUCAUUAAUUGACUCAUUCAUUCAUUGUCGUUUAUUAUAUUUUCUUUUUUCAGGUCCAAACACUUCAAAAACAGGUACAUGCAAAUGCUCUUUUCCAAGGUUCACACAGUCAUGAAAAUUCCUUUAAUUUCAGCUGAAGCUCUUUGAAUGUCAUUGAAUACAAUAAAUUCUUUCAUCAAAGAAAUUCCUCAAGUUGUCCUUGAAUUACAUACAUCUUUGAAAAACUAAAAGCUGAAUUUAAUAAUUAUUAAUAGUCCUUUAAAGGUCCUUGAAGAAUUAUGUCAACGGUACUUAGUAAUACACACUUUUGAAGAAGAUAACCAUACUUCAGACUGAUGAUGAUGGUAUUAUCAAAUUUAGGAGAAACUUCUUUCAGGGUUGUCACUAAGAUUUUAAGUUGCCGGGUAAAUACCACAAGUGGAUGGGAAAUCAAACAGCCAGGGAUUUCUUUUGGUUUUUUUUCUCUUCCAUUUUCUAAUGAAAGUAGCCCGGACCCGGGGACCACAUUCGUACUAGCGGGAGGAAAUCCCCGGUCCCCAGCUCUUAAUGACAGCCAAGUUGUUCUGUGUUCUAAGUGUUUUAUUUACAUAUCUGUGUUUUUCAUUUGUCACAUAUUCAGCUUGAGGACUUACAUCUGGUCAAUGUGCUAGGGAAAGAGGUGAGUAAAAUUAAUAGUGUUAGUGAGCCAGGAUGUUAAUCACACCCUCCAACCCAAAUAAGAAAGGAAAAGAAAAGAAAAUACCAAACAAACAAACAAAAGUCCAAAAUGUAAUAAGUGUCAGAUUGUAGGCAUACACACUUGGCUAUGAGAUAUGCACAUAGGGAUGUUAUACAUGAAGUAGCAACCAUAUUUAGCCGCCUAGUGAUCAAAUGUUUAGCUUCGUGAAAUUAAGAGAAGCAAGUUGAAUGACAUUGAGUCAGUUAUAUUGUCAAGCCCUCCAUGCAUGUGCCUUGGAGGCACUGAAAUUUUUUCAACUACAGUUCAAAACAGCCAAAGAACCAGGAGUCAAUGGCAAAUUCAAACCACAACUACAGUAGAACCCUGAUAACUUGAACUCCCCUCUAACUCAAACUAAGUUCCAUUUCUCUUGGAUUUCACCCCACUUGGCAGUCAUUUUUACUAGGCUGGCUUGAACUCAGAUAACUCGAAUUCCUUGCUGACUCGAACUAAAGUUACUUCCCCUUGAUCAAAAUUUCACUGAAAUUUAGCCCAACAACUUGAAUUCUGGUUCUUGUAACUCCACUCAAAUGCUAUGUCAUUAGCUCUUCUUGUUGUACUAACACUACUGCAAUUUGAUUUUGAUUGGUGCGACUACAGGUCAUGUUUUAUCAUAAAAAGCAUAAUUGUGUUACAAUUAUUAAGAUGGCAAACUUGACAUUCAAUCGACCCUGAUAACAUGAACUCCUACUAACUCAAACUGUUUUUCUUCUCCCUUCAGAGCUUGAGUUAAUGGGGUCCUACUGUAUAGCAUUCCCAAGCCAGUUAUUCUCCCUGUUGGUUCUUAGCUCUAACCGGUUUUGUUUAUUACAGGCUUUGACAGUGGCAUCAACACCUCAAGCAGGAUUGUCAGAGUAAGUCUAAAAAUAGUUGUCAAGUUUAGUCAUUAGAAUAAACAAAGAAAUCCACAUAAAGCUCUGUCCAAAUAAUGGUGAAGGGGAGUAGACCUAAACUGUAAGUUCUUUGUUUCAGUUUUACAGAGUAACAGAAAAUAGUAUGAAAUUAAUUAGAAUUAAAUCCAACACUCCAAAAAGACAAGAAUAAAGAAACAAAUUGUGAAAAUUCUAUUCAAAAUAAAUUCUGAUAAUAUGUGAUAUUCUGUACAUGUAUGUUUUGGCAUUGUUAUAGGUUAUGCAGGGUAAAACUCCCUGUAACCUUAAGCAAACAUGUGUUGUUCAGGGAGCCACGUUUAUUUUCAACAUGCCUUUCCAAGGCAGGCCUGGUUGCUGGGCAACAUGGCCAGGUUACAUAUGUGACACUCCCUUAGUAGGAACAAAAGCAGUCAAUUUUUAACCUUAAAAGUCCCAAGAUUCCCAUAAUUGGAGGUUCACAAAAAAGUAAAAAACUGUGAACUUUUAACAUACAAAAAAUAAAAAAUACCCCUAAAUUUCUUCUUUAUGCACCAGUCAAUUCCACCUGCGCCCAGCACCCCCCCGGGCUGACCCCCGGGCAUUAGCAUUUUUUUUGCCUUGGAUGGCAAAUUUCCUGGGGGUAGGGACUCUUGAGCUGUCAAAUCCCCCGGCGUGGGGACGGAAAAAGAGGGCAAAUGCCCCGUCCUCUGUCAACGCUGCAACAUUUUUCAUUGAUCGCACAGUCAAAUAGUGCCAUUUUAAGCAUUUUAAUGUGCGACUUUUUGUUUCAAUUAACGUCUUCCUUUGUAAUAGCGCUAGGAUUCUAACUAAGACUUCAUGUCGCGACAACAUGCACCAGUGUAUGGUUUUAGUAUUGAUAUAAAAUUAUUGACAUUAAAAUUAAUAUAGGGGGCUAAGCGCAGGUGGAAUUGACUGAUGCAUUAUGAAUGAUCACAUCAAAAGGUUUUGUACCCAGACUCAAUGUUAAGGUCUAGAAAACAAUUUAUUAUAAAAUAAGCUCUGGUAGGGGAUGAAAUACUAGUGUCUUUUGAUCUUUGUUUUUUUCUUCAGACGUCUGCAGACUCAACUUGAAGCUUUUAAAUCUGCAGAAGCAUUAGGUAGCAAGCAAGCAAAGGUACAGUGUUAA